AUGCAGUCUCCCACCAGCACUGGUGCACCCCGGCGGCGCGUUAGGCAAAAGAGAGCUCUCGCUGCGUCUCCAACCGCUGCGGCUGUCACCGUCACCAGUGCGCCUGUUACCAGCGAGGGUCACGGAGCAUCUCCAGGCGGUGCUGCUGUGGACCUAGAUACCGCUGCGGCUGUCACCGUCACCAGUGAGCCUGUUACCAGCGAGGGUCACGGAGCAUCUCCAGGCGGUGCUGCUGUGGGCCUAGAUAGGCAUGAGGAGAACAGAGCUGUGGCGCGAGAGCGCGGUUUGUGGAAUCUGUUCCAAUGGCCUCGCCGCGUGAUUCGGAAGUAUAUCCAGUACGUCAAGGAAUGCAAAGAAGCAGGUGACAACUUUCGAUUGACAAGGCAAGCUGCAGAUCGGAUCAGAUCAACACAGCCUGAUGACGUAGCGGGAAGUACCGGGCCCCAAAGCCAAUCCGUUGAUGAUGAUGCUUUGCUUGGUUUGCAUAAUCGCUUGGCGGCCACAACUAUAAGCACUGCAUUUUCAGGAAUAGACACACCUGCCACGGCAUUCCUCAUGUUGCAGCAUGCGGUCGGAUGUGAGCUGGGUCUCAGCCCGGAAGAUAUUGAGAAGCCUCGAAAUUACUUUGCAAUCGAAUGGUACGGCAAUUCCCAACAAGAGCUCCUAGUUCACCCACAUGCAGCUGAACAUGUCUUCGCAGAUAUCUCCGACUUUUGGAACACCGCGGUCUCUGAGAAGUUGGAUGGCAUUCUCACAGAGAACUUGGUUGACCAGGUGCUCUUGCCAUUGAUCCAGAAGGGCAAAGCUACACGCACCACGGCAUACUGCUUGAAGCAUGGCUGCGAGUGCGAGGAGGAUGGCAAGACAUAUAUGUUCUUUCUUUGCUGGUCCAGCAUGCGCUUACGUUUGCAGGAGCCAAUGAUCUUACAGGAAAACGUGUCAUCGUUCCCGACCAGGUUGCUACAGCAAGUACUCGGUGCAGUGUACUUUGUGCAAGAGUGCAUCCUCAACCCAUGCCACUUCGGAUUUCCUGUGGUCAGGGAACGCAAAUGGGUUCUCUUGCGGCAUCGGUACAAAACCGGAGCGUUUUCGUCACCGAUGAACCUUUUCACUUCCAUGUUCGCUCAGGCAAAGCAGGAGUGCACCCGGACAGGCAUACCGGCAUGGGAUGUGUACUUUGCAGGCAAACCGGAGGACAUGUACCAGGAGCUGCUGUGGGCGUGCUCACGUCCGGAGUCUAAAGCCAAGACAACAAGUGGGUGCUGUAAGUUUCAGUCGCUGGCUGAAUUUUUGCAGGCGUACCACACUGAUUUCGAGUCGGUUAAAGAUGAGUUCUUUCGUUCUUUGACAGAUGCCGAAACACGCUUCCUGGUCGAUUACCGCGUUUUGGCACCUGGCAUGGCAUACUCACUCAAUCAGAAUCCCGAGUCUUUUGCCAACAAGAGCAGCCCGGAGCAAUUGCAGACGCUGAUCCGCAAUGGUGGAAUCCUGUGGUCCGACUUUCACGGUCGGUUCCUGCUCGCAAAGGAAGCUCUGAUGGCGCAGGGGAUGCCUGUGUAUGCCGACAUGUUAACGCAGGGUGUUUCCAUGUGUUCUUUCUCACAGCCGGAGAAUAUCAGAGAACAUAUUCCGUUUGCAAGAAGCUCUCACGUGGGCCAGGCUGGUAACGGCAUGCAUUCCAUGACAGCAGGACUGUGUUUGCUGUACGCCGUCACCCAAGUGACACAACGUGGGCCAGAGGGGAUGUCACCUGUGAUGGCAGAUCUUGCACACAGUUUGAUGAGCGAGUUUCUGUGA